UCUGAAUUCGUUUCGUUUUCGUAUUGUUACGUGAUAUUUCUGCUAAACAAUAACAAUGUUUUAUGCGGCAUUAGUAAACCGGUUAACCAGAUUCCCAUCACAUAUUUCGGCAUUCUCAUCUUUAAACAAUGCUGUUCAAAUGGAUACCGUACAAGGAUCUAUAAAGAUGACGGAUAAGUGCGUCCAACGAUUGAAGGAACUGCAUAAAAAAUCCCCAGAGAAAACGCUUCGGAUAUCGGUAGAAGGAGGAGGAUGUUCGGGAUUUCAGUACUUGUUUAAUUUGGACACCACGGCAAAUGAAGAUGACUGUGUGGUUGAAAGAGAUGGUGCGAGAGUCUUUAUUGACAAAGAUUCCAUGCAAUACCUUGAAGGAGCAACAAUUGAUUUCCAGUCUGAGUUGAUCCGCUCUGCCUUCCACAUAUUGAAGAACCCCAAAGCUGAAAGUGGUUGUUCAUGUGGUGCUUCAUUUUCUCUCAAAGUUUGAUUUAAAAAUCUAUUCAAAGCAGUGUUUUUGUCAAAUUGCUGUGUAAUUAGUUGUACAUAAUAUGGGGUGAAUGUAACAACAACCAAUUGCAAAAUAGAGACCCAAUGCAAUCA